AUGAGGUCAAAUAUUUUGCUCUGUGUGAUCUUCAUCUAUCAGCUUACCGGUCUAUGUUCUCUUCAAAAACUCAGCUUCGAAGAUUUCAUCGACGAGGUUCUCUUCCGGACUCAGCGGAACCUAUACAGACACCUCGGGGAAGGCUGGAAUAUAUCUCUAGGCACAAGCCUACAGGAUGAAAAUGGCACCUUCAUUCCUCUCGGAAGCGACAACUUCGCUAAGGGUAUUGGAUUGCACUAUAAGCUUAAAGGAAAUGGAGAGUGCGACACCAGAUGGAGUCAGCGAGUCUACGCGCUUCGGUGUCCCGUCAAAUUUGACAACUUCAAGGUAACACUUCCUCGGUUGGACGAUGAGAAACAGUACAUAGUCCGUGUGGAAACAAGAGGGAUAGUGAUGUUUUAUGAAGAUGGUCGUUCUAUGAAUUAUAUACGAUAUAUAAUGCAUUGGGGAGCUUACACGAUGACAGAUAUGGACAACGUUAUUGUGACCAAACCUCCGGCCCGAUACGAUCUUUCAAACAAAUGGGACGGCAAUCUUCGAAACGUCCUGCGGAAGAAAUUACAAGCUUUCCUCACCGGUGGUGAAUUCUCUCGUUAUAUCACUGAAGGUUUGGAGGAAAUCAGGAUUCCCCCUGAAUUAGAAGAAUGA